AUAAGAUAUUUCUCACUCGACACGCACACACCUGCCCCUCGGGCAAAAAUCUCUGCGAGCUGACCGAAAGCGAGGCGAACCGAUUCGCGUUCUUCUCCGAGCGAUUCCCGCAGCCGAUCGCGUCGAGCGUCAGGUGCUGCUGUCGAUCAUGGACGCCAAAGCUCAGUCUUCGCCUCCAAAUAAUGCCGACGUGAAGGCUGCAUUCCACAAGCCGUCGAACGAUGCGUCUAAUAGGAACUAUCGACGUCAUUCUCCGGCAAGCAACUCAUCUUCAUCCGACGGAAGUCCGGAGCAUGACCGGGCAAGGGAUGAUGCUUCUAGGCCCCCUGAAUAUCGAGAAAGAAGGAAGGCUGGUGAGAAGGAUUUAUACAAAGAUUCUGGCCGGAGCCAUUACAGCAGGGGUGGUGAUUCAUAUAAGUAUGCUGAUCGUCAUGCCUCCAGGGGUUCUCGUGGUUACUCUAGAAUUGAUGAGCAGACCAGACAUCGCAUGGAUGAAGAAGAGAGGGAUCAUCACAAGUCCACUCGUGGGGGUCGAGACUCAAGAAGGGGUUCUCAUUCUGAUCGUACAAGGCGAGAAAAUGACUAUAGCAGAUCGAAGGACUUCACGCAAGAUGAAGACAGAUAUUCUCGAGAUAAGUAUGAUGACUUAGGUCACAGAAGUAAAGAUAGGGAGAAAGAAUCUGGGAGGAGAAACGAUAAUUUUGAAGAGUCAGAGAGGGAUCGACGUAAGCGGGAUGCAGAUGAUCGAAGUGAGAGAAGGGAUUAUCACAGGAGUUCAGGAGAUCGCCGAAUUGAUAGGACUCUUUCUAGAGAAGAAUCCAAGGGGUACCAUAGUUAUUCUACUGCUAGAAGGGAUACUGAUGGACAUCAAUCUAAAGAAGGUUAUCGAAAUGAUCUGAGGGAAAAGCUUGCCAAAGAAAAGAAGAGUACUGAUGAUCGCGACAUUAUGAAGGACAAGGAUCAGCAGAAAAGAGGAGCAGAGAAGCAUUUAGAUGAUGCAACUGUCUUUAAGAGUGACAAGAGUUCCCCAACCAAAAGACCAAAGCUUUUCAGCUCCGAAAGGGAUUCUAUCUUCACCAAGGAUGAUGAUGCGAAGCACUCAUUAGGCCUGAAAGAAUCUCAGGAGACCAGUGUCAAAUCAAAUGAAGCACAGCCCCAUGCCAGUGGAACUGAGGCUGCUAAUGAUCUGAGUGCUGCAAAAUCUGCUGCUAUGAGGGCUGCUGAAAUGGUAAAUAAGAAUCUUGCUGGUGGGUUUGGACCAACGGGCUACUUAUCUACUGAACAAAAGAAGAAGCUGCUUUGGGGGAACAAGAAAAAUACAGUUACUGAAGAGUCUGGUCACCAUUGGGAUGUGUCAAUGAUUGCUGAUCGUGAACGGCAAGAAAAAUUUAGCAAGCUCAUGAGUCUGAGGUUACCUUGGUACCUAUGGCCAAUUGUAGGGUGUGAAGGGCGAGCUCAAGGCGGAGCCAAUAGCAGACAGCCAAGAUGGGGACAGCCUUCUGCGAGCCGAAAAACAGAAGGAGCUGCAAUUGGAUUUGGAGAAACAAUACACUGCCGGGCUUCGAAGGAGGGAUGGCCGAACAGUUGGUCUGGGACUCUAAAGACUUUCAGAUUUACUGUGUACGACUUCUUGCUGCGAUAUUUUGUAAAAGUUAUGCUUCUAGUACCUUUAGCUUUUGGUAUGACUAAGAAAGAUGCCGACUUGCAUCCCGGAAUUUCAGUAUUUCGCUGGGAAGAUAUUAAGCGCAGCUUUGCUGCGAUAACUUGUAACAGUACAAUGACUCUGCUAACCAGAAAGCAGGCUUAUCCAACGGAUUGAUUCAAGAUUUCUUCAGCUAUAUGGAAAUCUUGUCGUGAUCGGUUGUACCAAUGAUCUGAGCAUUGGCGGGUGUCCAUGUUAAAAGAGGGGGUGACGCAAAUAGGCGACAAAUCUCAAGGCUAAUGAAAUGCCUUAUUCGAAGGUUUUUAAUAUUUCCUUAUGGGGUGUAGUAUUUUCUUCCGGAGGAGAGAGAUGCUUAGUGAUACAAGGUCUCUGUGCUCACCUUUUCUUUCUUCGUAGGGUGAUCAUUAUCCACGCGUAUAAGAACGAGGCAGGCUUCAUUUAUAUCGCUUAGAAAAAUUAGUUGUGGUUAAUAGCUGAAGUCAUUGUUCUAGCUAUUAGAUGCAUGAUUGUAUUGCUCAACUCCUGGUUAAGAAGAAAUGUUAGGAAUGCCUGCUGGA